AUGGAAUUCCAAUCCACGCCUCUAUUCGGCGGAGCAAUCACCGCUGAUUUGCCCGUGACAUUUCAAGAUGUGAGCACGAUUCGUCAAAUCCCCGAUACUCAAGAAGUCUAUCUCGCCCAAACGGGAUAUACAUCCCUCUUAUUCGAUAUUCUGGAACGCGUCACGGAGCCCGAGGAGGAUUUGGAAGCUUUGAAGUUUCAUUUGGGGGAGAUUGUUGAGGAGGAUGUUGGGGAGGUGAGGGUUUUUGAGGAGGGGAGGGGGGUUGAUUUGCCUGGGUUGGUGGGUGUGAAAGCUUUUACUUUGAGUGCUAGGGCUCCUCCRGGGGAGAAGAUGAGAGGAAGAGCGCAUGAGCCGAGAGAAGUUGGGAUUUUGGUUUUGUUGGUGAGGUUGGAGGGUGUGGGGACGGAUUUGGUGGUUACGGUGAAUGUUCCGGUGGGGAUUGUGGAUGAUUCGCAGGGGCAGCAGAGUGGAGAUGAUGGGAGGUUGAUGGAGGAGGGGAAGGAGGUGUUGGAGAGGGUGAGGAGGAGUUUGGAGGUUAAGGAUUGGGGAUUGUUUGUGGGUGAUGAGUGA